CCCACUGUGCGCUCUCGCGAAUGCAGCUGUCAAAAAACAUGUGUUUUUUUGAUGCCGCCGCGCGCAGAAAAAAAUCCUUCUUUCGCAAUUGUCAAGUGUUGUGCAGGCCGAAAAAUACAAACGAGUGUAUAAAAGUUAAAUUUCAGUUUUAACCCACCCGUACAACACAAUGGCACCGGACAAGAAGCAGAAAGGCCGCAACAAGAAAAGCAUCCCGGUCACGAAGAAGGAUGACAAAAAAAUUGCGAACGGUGGUUCGAAUGGUGAUGCCGCUACCGCCGAUAUGACGGAGGAGGAGGCACUAUGUGCGAAGCUGGAUGAGGAGGCACGGAUCAAUGCGGAAGCCCGUGCCUGUACCGGUUCGCUGGCCGUGCAUCCCCGUUCGCGUGACAUCAAGUUUUCCAACUUCUCGAUCACGUUCUUCGGCUGCGAGCUGCUGCAGGACACGAUGCUCGAGUUGAACUGUGGCCGACGGUACGGUUUGCUCGGCUCCAACGGGUGCGGCAAAUCGUCUCUGCUGUCCGUGCUGGGCAAUCGCGAAGUGGCCAUCCCGGACCACAUCGACAUAUUUCAUCUGACGCGUGAAAUACCGGCCAGCUCGAAAAGCGCCAUCCAGUGCGUGAUGGAGGUGGACGAGGAGCGUAUCAAGCUGGAGAAGAUGGCCGAUGCGCUCGUCGACCAGGAAGACGAUGAGGCGCAGGAACAGCUGAUGGACAUUUACGAUCGGUUGGAUGAAAUGUCGGCCGAUCAGGCGGAAGCGAAAGCGUCCCGCAUUCUGCACGGUUUGGGCUUCAGCAAGGAGAUGCAGCAAAAGGCGGCGAAAGACUUUUCCGGUGGUUGGCGGAUGCGUAUCGCACUCGCUAGGGCACUGUACGUGAAGCCGCAUCUGCUCCUGCUGGACGAACCGACCAACCAUCUCGAUCUGGACGCGUGCGUCUGGUUGGAGGAGGAGCUGAAGACGUACAAGCGCAUCCUGGUGAUUAUCUCACACUCGCAGGACUUCCUGAACGGUGUGUGCACGAACAUCAUCCACAUGACGCAGAAACGGCUGAAGUACUACACCGGUAACUACGAGCAGUUUGUCAAGACCCGGCUUGAGCUGCUCGAGAAUCAGAUGAAGCAGUACAACUGGGAGCAGGAUCAGAUCGCACACAUGAAGAACUACAUCGCCCGGUUCGGGCACGGUUCGGCCAAGCUCGCCCGGCAGGCCCAAUCGAAGGAAAAGACGCUCGCCAAGAUGGUGGCACAGGGACUGACCGAGAAGGCGGUGGACGAGAAGCAGCUCAACUUUUGUUUCCCCUCGUGCGGUACGAUUCCGCCGCCGGUGAUUAUGGUGCAAAACGUUAGCUUCCGGUACAACGACACGACGCCGUACAUCUACAAAAAUCUCGAGUUCGGUAUCGAUCUGGACACGCGGCUUGCCCUGGUCGGACCGAAUGGUGCGGGCAAGAGUACGCUGCUGAAGCUGCUGUACGGUGAUCUGGUACCGACGGCCGGUAUGAUCCGCAAAAAUUCACAUCUACGCAUUGCCCGGUACCAUCAGCAUCUGCACGAGUUGCUCGACAUGGACGCUAGCCCGCUGGAUUACAUGCUGAAAAGCUUCCCGGAGGUAGUGGAGCGGGAGGAAAUGAGGAAGAUUAUCGGUCGGUACGGGUUGACCGGGCGCCAGCAGGUAUGCCCGAUCCGUCAGCUGUCCGAUGGUCAACGGUGCCGCGUAGUGUUUGCGUAUCUGGCGUGGAAAAAGCCACAUCUGCUGCUGCUGGACGAACCGACGAAUCAUUUGGAUAUGGAAACGAUCGAUGCCUUAGCGGAAGCGAUUAACGACUUCGAGGGCGGGCUGGUGCUCGUUAGUCACGACUUCCGGCUGAUCAAUCAGGUGGCGGAGGAGAUUUGGGUGUGCGAGAAGGGCACGGUCACCAAGUGGAACGGUAACAUUCUUGACUACAAGGAGCAUCUGAAGAAGAACAUCGCCAAGGAGGCACGCAUCAACAAUGGACCGGCCAAGUGA